CACAGGUUUGACAAUUAGGGAGCACUAGGUGUCAUCAAUCAUCAGGUGACUGUUGCAGUCAAAUAAAAGUAGCCUGCUGACACCCAUUGUUAAACUUGGGUCUUGUUUUUAACUGCAGACAAGAAGCACGAGAACUCUCAAACAUGUCUGGUCGUAAAAAGAAAGCUGAACCCCAACCCAAAUCUGGAGUAUCCAAAUCUGUGCGGGCCGGAAUCUCCUUCCCUGUUGCCCGCAUCCAAAGGCUUAUUAGGAAGGGCAACUACUGCAACCGUGUGGGCACUGGUGCGGCUGUCUACCUCGGCGCCGUCUUGGAGUACUUGUGCGCUGAAAUUUUGGAGCUGGCAGGCAACGCCAGCCGUGACAAUAAGAAGCGGCGCAUCUCUGGUCGGCAUAUCCUACUGGCGGUAAAGAACGAUGAAGAGUUAAACGAGCUUCUGGCCGGUGUUACAAUUUCAGAAGGUGGUGUGAUCCCAAAUAUCCAUGCUGCACUCAUUCCAAAAAAGACCUUGAAGCCUAAAGAUGGUGACGUUGCCACCGAUGUUCAGUCUCAAGAUUACUGAUUUUAUAUUGUUAAAUAAAGUGUUAAAUUUU